AUGAGAUUUCUUAUUGUGAAUGGAUUCAAUGCAUCUACUUCAGGCGCAAAACUAUUUGAUUAUUUUAGAAAUAGCAUCUAGAAUGUAUUUAAUUAUAUUUUAUUUAGAUGAUAUCUAAAUAAAAGGAAGUAGCUGACACUGAAUGUGAGUAUCAUUUUAGAGAUAGACAUUCUUUAGAUGAUUUCCUCUAUGAACCAGAGACAAGUUUAAUAAGGACAGAAUAUGGUUAGAAAUUUAAUUCAAUUGAUAUUGUAUUCAUAUUAGCAUCUUCAAAUUCAAGGCCAUGGAAUACAAAUAUGAGGAAGGUAUAAAAUUAAAUUUAAGCAAUAAGAUAAUUACAUUGAUUAGAAUGUGUUUGAAGACUAAAAAAUUAUUAUUCUCUACUUCUUUUGGAGCAUAGGCUAUAGCUUAUCUUUGUUCAACGAAUUUUUCUGUGGUAUAUAAAUGAUAUUGAAAUUAAAAAGCAUGCUUCGAUAACUAAUAAUCAUGGAGAAGGUUGUAAAUUAGUAGAUUUUCCAAAAUAUACAUUAUAAGCAUUGAAAAAUGGUCCAAAUGAAUAUUUUUUAGAUUCCACAACUGGAGAUCUUUAUUUUUAUAGUAAAGUAACAGAUGAAUGGUUGCCAAAAGCUAAUAUUGGAUUACAUAAUAGAAGAGAUGCAAUGGAGUAUUAAUCAAUUGGUAAGUAUAUUGUUAAAUCUCCAACAUAUAAGCCAAAAUAGAAUAUGUUGGCAAAUCAAAGUGAAAUGAUAUGCUAAAUUAAAAAGCAAUUCUUACAUCAUUGGUUAUUUAAAGGUGUAGCUAUGGAAUUUGCUAUAACAUCAUAUAAUUAAUGGGAUAUUCAUGCAAUAACAUUUACAAACCCAGAUAAAGUAUUUAUUAAAAAUGAAUUAGAAAUUUAAUUCAUUAGCAGAACACAAUUUAAGAGGACCCUUAAUAAUAGAGAGUGAUAAUAUUAUAGCAACUAUGUUUGAAAUAGAACCAAAAUAAAAAGAUACUGUUAAGAUAUUAUCUAAUUUUAUUGAUUACGCUGUUAAAUUGAUUAGAUUCAAUAAUAAUUAUAAUCUUAUUAGUAUUACUAAUGAGAAGUACUUUUCAGGAAAUAAGGGAUUAGAUAAUAUUGAGAUUGUAUUUCAAUAAAAAAAGAAGAUGAGCAAUUUAAACCCAGAAGAUUUAUUAAAAAAAUAAUAAAAGAAUUUUAUGCUUGAAUAUCGUAAAUUAUUGAAUACAGCCAUAUAAGAGAGUGAAAGAGAUAAGAUUUUUCAUGUUGGAUUUUCAGUAAAAAAGGAUAGAUUACCAGAGUAUGACUUUAUUAAUAUAGUUUUGUAUAGCAAAAUAAUAUAUAAGAGAAGAAUUAUAAAGUGACAAGAAGAAAAUCAUUUUAAAUUAAAAAAGCUUUAUUUUUAAGAUAAUAGAGUUAAAUUAAUGUUGGAGGUGAUGAUGAUUAAU